UUAUAAACAACGAACAAUUGAGAUUAAAUCUAAAAAUCUGCUAUCUGCCAUAUUACCCAUCGAUGCUGCCUCUCGACCAUUGAUGGUGUCGAGGCUCCGUCGAUGGUUGAGAAGUCCAUUGAUAUAAAAAACUCUGGAGUAAAAAUCAUCGAUGAACACAUGUUGAUCAUCAAUGAGCUCUUGUCACCAUUGAUGGUCAGCGGCUACUAUCGAUUGUCAACUAUCAAGGGUAGAAGGCUGAAAUCAGCUUGAAAUCAGCUUUUGAGUUGAUUUUUUUUGUUGGGUGAAGCUUAGGUUCUCCAUCUGCAGUCUAAAGUGGAAGCUUUUUAGAAUCUCGAGGCCCCAUGCAACAGCACCCGUGAUACGUUUGCUCUGCGCACCAACUGUUUGUUUCUUUGCCUCUUUAAUUUCUAGAAGCCAUUUGCUAAUUUUGGAUGACGAGAAUACAGUGAUCAUAUCACUUGAAAUUUUUAGAAAAAGCCAUCAGCUGUUCAAUUGAUUCGUUUUGUUCUCUUGAAGGAUCAUCAACUUUGUCUUUUGGGUUUGAUUAUAUAACUAUCAUGACAGUGUAUUUUGUUACUCAAUCCACACUGAAACUAUUUGUGUACUAGAAGUUCAAAUGAUGAAGCUCUAUGAAGACAUCUUAAUGAAGAAGAUCUUGCAGAUCCAUUUGCCAGAUAAAUGCCAUAUCGAUUCUCGCCCAUUGCUCCGUCUUGCUGAAGAGAUUGUGCAUUGCAUUACAACCAAAGAUGAAAGAAAAUUAUCGGAUGGUAUAGGAGAAGUUUGGCCAGACAAGCAUAAAGAAUUGGCAUACUUGAUCCAUCUCAUAUCAAGUGAGAUACUGCGAGAUAAAGGUAGAGAUCAUUCUUCACAUAUAACAACCAUGUCUGUGUUAGAGCUAUUGGGAAAUCAAUCAUGGGGUACAAAAGUUAUCAUCGUCCUGUCUGCAUUGGCAACUUGCUAUGCGGAGCUCUGGCUUAUAUUGAAGCAUUCUUCUACAAACCCUCUGGCCUUAUCAGUAGCGAGACUGAGAGGAGUGAAUAGUUUAGGCACCAUGGAAUCAUUUGAAUGUCGAUUUAAGGCCCUCAGAUAUCUGUUUGAGGGAAUGGUUGAUGUGGCGAAAUGCAUAACUGAGUUUGAAAUUCUCCCGGAGCAGUACAUAAUGCUUGAUUUCGAGGCAAUGGCGGCAGUGAAGCCUCAUAUCCACAUGGCUUCUUAUUGGGUAAUUAGAAGUUCAGUGACAUGUGCUCGUCAAAUUACUGGGAUGAUCUCAUUGAACUCAGAGAAAAUGCAUGUGCUUUCUCUUAUCUUAUAUUCAGUUUCCUAAGUUCUCUUUUGUCUGUUCACAUGAUAAGAGAUCGGUACCUUAUACUGAGAUUACAUGAUGGAUUAUUGCUUUUAGGGUUAAUUGCGGACCCCCUGUACUAUCACUCAAUUGCUGAUAAACCCUUGUACUAUCACUCAAUUGCUGAUAAACCCUCUGUAGUAGAUAGACACCCUCUGUAGUA